GGCUGAGGCGAGCGGAGGCGGCGGCGCCGAGCCGGGACGAGCACCUGCUGCUGCUGCUGCUGCUGCUGAGGCCUGGGGCCCGGCUCCGACGACCGGCUCACCAUGGGUGGCUUUUUUUCAAGUAUUUUUUCCAGUCUCUUUGGAACUCGGGAAAUGAGGAUACUGAUUCUGGGACUCGACGGAGCAGGAAAAACCACCAUUUUGUACAGACUGCAGGUUGGAGAAGUCGUUACCACCAUUCCUACCAUCGGAUUUAAUGUAGAGACGGUGACGUACAAAAACCUGAAGUUCCAAGUCUGGGAUUUAGGAGGACAGACAAGUAUCAGGCCGUACUGGAGGUGUUACUACUCAAACACAGAUGCAGUCAUCUACGUCGUGGACAGCUGUGACCGAGACCGAAUUGGGAUUUCCAAAUCAGAGCUAGUUGCUAUGUUGGAGGAAGAAGAACUGAGAAAAGCCAUUUUAGUGGUAUUUGCAAAUAAACAAGACAUGGAGCAGGCCAUGACUCCCUCAGAGAUGGCCAAUUCCCUUGGGCUUCCUGCCUUGAAGGAUCGAAAGUGGCAGAUCUUCAAGACCUCAGCAACCAAAGGCACCGGCCUGGAUGAGGCCAUGGAAUGGUUAGUUGAAACACUGAAGAGCAGACAGUAACUCUGGCUGCAGGUCCUCUGAAGUGAAGGCUGUGUCACCUCUGCAAGCAGCCCAGUGUGCCUCUCGCUACCUGAUGCUGCACCUGUGUGAUUGUUGGCACACCCUGAACUGACUGCAAUGUUUGUAAUAAACAAAGAAUAAGUAUUUGGUUGGAGGGGUAACUCAGCUGAAUCACCUGAAGUUCUAUAUAAUGUAAAAUAUUCCUUUCUUGCUUUCAUGUGUUCAGAUAUAUAUUCUAUUUGUAUGGAAUUCUUAUUCAGAUACAGUCCUAUUAAAUACACUGUAGUUGGAGGGCAGUAUCCUAUUUUUGAAAUAGUAGUUGUAGCUUGUUUAUAUAAACACUAACAAAUAAACUCAGAUUUUUUUUUCCCCUUUAAAAUGAAUUAAGUCUACCCAAAGGGACGUAGUGUGUUACGGUCUUUAUUUGGUUAUAGGCAUGAAUAUUACCUUGGUGGUGGACCUUCCUGUGACUGUAAUUUUAUAGUGCUUUAUAGCUGCCAAAAAGUUUCACCCACAUUGACCUUGUGGAUUUGUCCAGGGUAGUGGGAGGCAGGUGGGCUGGGCCACGUUGUCUGCACUGUAGGAAGUGCACCCAGGUGAGCGGCAGGUGGGCUGCUCAAGGCCGCCUGCCAGUGGGGUGGAAAUAAAAGGGCUUUAAGUGGGACUCACGGGUUGUCCAUUCUAGUAGAAGUGAUUAAUGACAUUGUAAAAACAACCCUGAGCAUUUAGUGUUGAAUGGAUUUAAUAGCUUAUUAAGACAAUUCCUAUUAAAGGACAUUUUUGAGAAACCUUAUUUCAAAAAGUGUUUUGAAAGAUGUCUUUCAUUCCUUUUACCUAUAAUUAGCUAUGUAAAUUUGAUUAAAAGUAAAAAUAUCCCUAGUUCUACAGGCAUUUUUGGUGUUAAAGCUUAGGGUUUCUGGCAUCCCAGAGCGCAGACUGUGGUCCAGCUCCCUGCUGCACACCUGGGACAGCAGCACCUGCUCCUGGCUUCAGCCUGGCCCAGCCCAGGUUCUGGUGGCCAUCUGCGGGGGGCACCCCAGUGGACGGAGGCUCUCUGCUUCUGGCUUUCAAGCCAAAAUAUUAAACAAACAAAUCUAAUUAGGCUUCUGCCAGGUUUAGAUUUAUGUAUCAGGGAACUUUCCAAAUUUCCCAGGUUCAGCUACAGUCCAGAAUGAUUAGAAGUUUUGUUUGUUUUUUCCGCUUUGGACAGCCAGCACUUCAGAAGUCAGCUGCUGGUAGAGGAUGCCAUAGCACUGUGCCCCUCACGUCUCAGGACACUGGUGGUUCCUCUCCUGGCCCUCACUGUCCUGGCAGAUGUGGCCACUGUUUCAGCUCACGUGAAAACAGCUUCCCAGUCCCCAGCAGCCACUCCUGAUGGCAGGCUGUGCUUUCCACGUGAUGUCAUCUGUACGCAGGAUAGUGCAGUGCCUGCUACACGAGAGCAUUUCAGGAUCCAUAUUUUUGUCGGCCAGAAGGCUCCACUGAGGUGACAGCAGCACAGGCUGGGAGGUUCCAAAUCAAGAACAAGCUCCCUUGCCCCCAAGGAGCUGGGUUUUAUUCACAGUACGGGGAAUGAAGACGCUGAGGCAGGUGUCCCCACAGACACAUGGCACUGGAGCUCCUGACUGGGCACACAGCUGUCCCGAGCUUGGCACCUGGGGGAUCCUCCCCCAUCUGGGCACAAUUACUUGACUAGGGUUUAAAUUACAAGGUCUUUAUCUAGCAGCCAGGACCUGAAAGUUGAGAAAUACUUUACAAAAGAAAGACUAUGAGAAGCCUGAUAACCAACUUAGACAUGAAUUCUAGAUUCAAACGUCCAAGCCUUCAGCUUUUCUAUGAAACAACCCAAUGAUACCAAAGGUUUUCUCGAGCUCUGACAUUUUAGCUGUAUUGUCAUGAUGAUUAUGCCAAAAACAGGAGGGCGGGGAACAGAUGGAAGUAGAAGAACUGUUAAUCUGAAUACCUGAGAUGCACUUUAACUGUGGAAAUGUGAACUCCAAGGGCAGGGACCAUCUUACUGUUAGUGUUCCUUGCAUCUGAUGUGGUGUACCUGGCACAAAAUAGGCACUCAAUAAAUACUGAUUCAGAACAAAA